AUGCGCAUAUAUGCACCCGAAGUAUAUCCAGCUGCCGCCAUCUACGCAGCGCCAGCGUCCGAAAAAGGCGGCGCAUUCCCCGAGCACGACGCAGUGCUUUGCAUCACCGCUAGCAGCCCUGGCAUCGAGCGGAUUGCGAGCGUGUGUCCACUUGCGGGCCCUGACCCAUUUCUCCAAAGCACUGCCGCCCCACGCACAUUCACGAUUCUUGCCGACGCCGACGCAUUCAUCGUCCCACAGGAAUGGCGCGCGUGCAUAGACGAGAUCCAAUGUGCCAGCACGCCAAAGGUGCUUGUCCGUGGCCCCAAGAAUGCGGGCAAGUCGAGCCUGGCAAAACUCUUGCUGAAUGCGCUCCUUUCCACGCACCGCUUUGUCGCAUUCCUCGACCUUGACAUGGGCCAGCCCGAAUUUGGGCCGCCUGGUUUUGUUGCGCUGCAUGUUUUCGACGCGCAUCAGGAGCCUGGUGUUUUUGGCCCUGCGUGGUGCCUUGCGCGCGUUCCUCUCCGUGCGCAUUUCCUCGGGGACAUAUCGCCCCGCGAGGAGCCUGCUCAAUACAGUGCAAGCGUCGCAGCGCUCCUUCGCUAUUUUUCUACCGAGCUCCACAUCUACAAAGACGAGUCGCAGGUUUUGCGGUGCCUGCACGUCGAGCCCAGCUCUACAAAGACGCAGCGCACGCCGACGACUAUGCCGCUGAUUGUCAAUACGCACGGCUGGUCCAAAGGGCUCGGCGCCGAUCUCGUGGACGCAGCAGCGCGCGCCCUCGGCCCGUCCCAUGUAUUUGCGUUGGCGGAGCAAGCUGGCUUGUGUGCGUGGCACGAUACUGUAUACGCGCGCGAAAUACAGGAUACAAGGCGGCGCACGGUCAACGCCGCCGAGGUCCGCCAGCUCGACCUGCUUGCAUACUUGCAUGCUACUCAGCUUCCGCGCCCUGCCAUGUGCAUUGCGCCGUGCUGGGACUUUACGCCACUGCUCGAGCGACGUCCGUACGUUGUCGACCUACGCACAGGUCUGGCCGGGGGUAUUUCGAUCCUCCCACUCGGCGCCCCCGUCGUGGAGCGUUUCGCCUUGCUUGCAUUGAAUGGCUCAUUGGCUGCACUGGUCGCGCGCACGCCUGCGCGAUCUACCCACAGCGAUCCAUGGCGCGCUGCUCUUUCGCAAGGUACGACACUGCCGAGUCAUGCAUUUGGCCUCGUGCUGCUCCGCUCGAUCGACGAGCAGCGCGGUGCGCUGCAUAUGCUAACGCCGCUCUCGCCUGACAUGCUUGCAGCGUACCUGGACGCGGAGUGCACCUCGCUUGGCCUGGUCAAAGGCGCACUGGAACUGCCGAUCUGGGCUUCGCUGGACCAGCAGGCGUACGCGGACGCGGUCCAGCAGCGCCCUACAGAGCCAGGACAGCUCCUUGCGGGCGUGCCGCGAUAUCAAGUUCCGUACCUGGCGUGGCCCACAGAGCUGCUAGCCCAAGGUGCGAUUGGCGCUCGCCCACGCAAGGUGCGACGCAAUGUCAUGCGCCGCGCGCACGCGAAAUAG